AUGGCGGGUCAAGUCAGAGGUCCAAGCUCUUCAGCUUCAAAUUCUACAACGGCCUCUGUCGGUGUUCUUAUGGUUGGGCCGAAUUUUAAGGUCGGAAAGAAAAUUGGCUGUGGAAAUUUUGGCGAACUUCGACUAGGCAAAAACCUUUACAACAACGAACAUGUUGCUAUUAAAUUGGAACCUAUGAAGAGUAAAGCGCCUCAAUUGCAUUUGGAAUAUCGAUUUUAUAAAUUAUUAGGACUAGCAGGUUUGUGGAUUUAA